AUGCCCAUAAGGAGAAUUGGAGCAGAUAUGAAGACGCUUAAAACGCAAGUGAGCGGUAUUAAUGGUUAUUUAGAUCAACGUUUUCGAACGAAAGCUGAAAAGGCCGAGGGAUCGGUUAAGAGUGCAUUGCAAGAGUGUCUUAAUUACGCCAAAAGAUUCAACGGAGCUUUAGACAUUGGAACUAAUGAAGAGCAAAUAAAAGAAGCAAUAGAUGAUCUAAAUCCUAAUUUACGUGAUAAAGUAAAGAAAGCUAUAAGCUUUGUCAAAUGUGAAACUGAACGAUUUCAGAAGCUGUCGGAGAUGGAAGGUAAAGACUUCGAGGCGAUGAAAAAAAGCAUUCAGAGUGUGCUCACUGACCAUGGAAAAAAAGUUAAUGAGCAUGUUUGCAGGGAAGUGACUGCGCUUGUAAGCAAGUUGAGGGUAUUGGUUCGGAAGAUUUUGGAUGAGAUGAAGAGCGUUGAAAAGAAUUUGUUCAACUAUCUGCAGAAUCUGACUACAUGGAUUCGGCAGGCAGAUACAGCCGUGAAUGUGGCGUUAGAUAAGAUUGAAAAAAUUAUUAAUGAGGUUAGUGAGGACUCUGCAUUCAGCAAUGUUAAGCCGAUUAAGCAGGCAGCCCAGGAACUUCACAACCAGGUGUACGAGCUUUUCAACGCUGGUAACAAAGCGAAUGAAGCCGCUGAUAAGCAGGUGAAAGCAGCGCUUGGGGAGGUUCUUAAGUUGGACAGGGCGGUUAGGAUGGGAUUGUAUUUGAUGAAAGGGGCGAUUGAAUUGAAGAUAUCGACAUAUGUUAAAGCGUUGAAGGAUGUUUUGCAGGCGGGUAUGAGUAAGGCCGACGACAUGUGGGCUGAGAAAGCCGGUACAGGUGUUCAAGCUUUGAACACCAAUGUUCUUAUUAAGGUUGAUGAAUUGGCCACGCUUGGUACAACGCUUCAACGGGUGCUUCAGAAGGCCAUGAAUCCGGAGAGUGACAAAUAUAAAAUCUUUGGUAAAAAUGUUGAAUGGCUAUUAAGUGAUCUCAAGAAGGCUAAUGCAAACUGGAACGAACUCAUUCCUAAACCUUCCAAAGAUCUCCUCGAAUCCAUCCAAACGGUUCUCGAAGCAGACCUCAAGCAACCCCUUGGAAAGGAGUUGCCGCAAGCAAAAGAAAAUGGCAGGGAAACAGAUAAGAUUGACAUAUCCGGAAGUGCACACUUCAGUACUUACAAUGGACUAAUUAACCAAACAAAGGUACCCAAGAUCACAGGCACUAAUACUCUACAAGGGGACUCAUCCGAAGGCACUUUUCCGCCCAUGAUCAAAAACAUUGAAACGAAGGUGAACGAGGCUUUGUCCAAAAUUGGCGAUUUCAACGGCGUAGCUCAGACGCAGUUCGAAAAGGUAACCUCCAAUUUUCAACGACUCUGUGACGCUAUCAUGGGAGCGGCGAGAGAGGGUAAGGAUAGCGCUAAGAGUCAAUUGGAAGAGUUGAAAACUAAGUACUUCAAGCAUUAUGACGAUAAGAAAAAAGAUGCUCAAGAGAGCAUUAAGAAGAUUAAACAUGAACUUGACGCUUUGCUAGCGGGAUCAGUAAAAAGGGCUGUCGAUUUGGGUGAGAAAUUCCUUAAACCAGACGCCGACAGAUUGCGUGACGAAACGACAGAAAAGCUCAAACAGCAUGUAGUCGAGGAAGUUGAAAACGCGAAAAAGCAACUCACCCACCACGCCCGCAAGAAUUACAUUUCCACCACUAAGUUGCAACUGGAUCAAUUCGCGGACAGGGUCACCAAGGAACUUGAUGGGCUUCCCGAGGCCAUUGACGACGACCUGAUUACGGGCUUCAAGGGGUUCAUGGGAAAGCUUGCCGGUGAGAAUACGAGCAAAAAAACGUCCACUGUAAAUAUCGAGAGACUUAGCAGUCUUACAACCACAAUGUCUACUUCAGACUUUGAUAAGAAAACAGCGUUCAAAACUCUUUCUACAAAAUUCAAGGAAUUCUACAAUCACACAAACGAAUACAUCCUCGGUGAAACCAAAAGGGAACACACUGAAAAUAUGCAAAAUAAAAAUCCUCAAGUUCCAAUUACACCCGAUCAUAAAUAUCCUCACGUUGAUGACCUUACCAACGUUAAAAGCAAAUUAGAUGCGUUACUCACUCACCUUAAUGGUAUCGAUAACUCCACUAGAAAAUACAUUUUUGACACCACCUUCCAAACUAACCUCUCCGCCCUUGCUUCCACCCUCACAACCAUCCGCCCCGCUUCGUACUCCACCGAAAGCAAUCCCCUACUCGACGUUCUAAAAACAGGCCUGACAGGGAUGCACGCUGAACUCGAAAAGGCGUACGUGUCGGCGUAUGAUGGUGAGACAAUUACGUGGACCGAUGCAAGAAAGAAUAAUGCACUCACAAAGGAUGCCAUGAAAUGUGCCAGUGCCUUACUUACUAUAAUAUCCCCGCUGUAUGAGCAAUUGUACGGCAUAUUCUAUUACGGCAAGACUGCCUGGACGUACGCUACCAUUGAUGGUACUAAAUACGAAAAUGAUGGCCUACAAACACAUUUCACAAAGCUGGGUUACACGAUUUCAAAUCUCAUCACCAAGGAACACAGCGGCCAGCACGUUGCCGAAAAAUUGAGAUCAGCGUUCACACUUUACGACGAUUUCCAGACGAAUCCCGAAACGGAUGACACCGGUAAGAAUACUCUAGUGCAAUACCUUUAUUCCAUUAGGCGACAAUGGGGUCCGUUGUCCUUACUCCACCGUUACCUACCUGAUUACUAUAAAGUAUGCCACUCUAAACAUAUUCCCAAACCACAAUAUCCUUGUUCCAUCAGAGACAUGUUGUCAUGGCUCUCCGGUCUCACCUACACUAGCGUGUUCACUAAGGUUCCCGCCCACUGCAAAAAAUUGCUUGAUGAGAAAAUACCCGGGACGGAUAGAAUGCCCAAUAGGGAAGACGGCGUAAUUAAUCAAAUCCUCAGUGCCGAUUUACUUGUGAAUCUCUCUGCCACGAGUGACAUGUCACACACUCUCCUCACAACUAUAUACGGUAAUGGCCACGGUGCCUCUAGCGCAGAUUAUCCCUACGCCUGCCACUUCGCAGACAAUUCACGGAACUUUUAUUAUCCCCAAGACGUGCCUGCCCUGUUUGAUGUGCUUGUAGAUACAUGUAGGCGUUUAUUAUGCUCAUUGGUAACGGCUGGCGUGCCUGUCACUAUGGUCGCAAAGUGCCAGGUUACCACUGGAAUUGCGACGAUGUUAGCACCAAAGUUGACUGCCAAUCAAACAGUCAACCAAAGUGCCAACGAAAUGGUCAACCAAACACUCAACCAAGUUGCCAACCAAAAUCACCCCUGCAAGCGCACCUAA